UUCAAAAUUUCAUUUGGUUUAAAACGGAUAUCCGAUACGCGCACUCUAGCGACCAUUUAAGCACUUCACCUUCUUUCGGUUUGUGGCUCGUGGCACUGUUUCACGUUUUACGCGAUGAAGCUGAACGUGUCCUAUCCUGCAACAGGAUGUCAGAAACUAUUCGAAAUUUCAGAUGAGCAUAAGCUUAGAAUUUUUUUUGAAAAACGCAUGGGCGCUGAAGUAGAAGCUGAUGCUUUAGGCGAUGAAUGGAAAGGCUAUGUUGUUAGCAUUUCUGGUGGCAAUGACAAACAAGGCUUUCCUAUGAAACAGGGUGUUUUGACAAAUGGUCGUGUACGUUUACUGCUCUCAAAGGGACAUUCAUGCUACAGACCUAGACGAGAUGGUGAACGCAAGCGAAAAUCUGUUCGUGGAUGCAUUGUUGAUGCCAACUUGUCAGUACUUGCUCUUCUUAUUGUCAAAAAAGGCGAGAAGGAAAUUCCAGGCUUAACAGAUACUAAUGUACCACGACGUUUGGGACCUAAAAGAGCAAGCAAAAUUCGAAAACUCUUUAAUUUAGUAAAGCAAGAUGAUGUGCGUCAAUUUGUUGUAAAACGGCCAAUUCAAAAGGAAGGCAAAAAAGAACGGUUUAAGGCUCCUAAAAUUCAACGACUUAUCACUCCUCUUACUCUACAGCGGAAACGGCAUAGAUUGGCUCUGAAGAAAAGACGUUGCUUGGCUCGUAAACAACAAGCAGCUGACUAUGCAAAACUGUUAGCACAAAGACAAAAAGAAGCAAAGAAUAGACGUCAAGAAGAAUUAAAACGAAGACGCAGUGCUUCGAUUCGAGACUCUAAGUCAUCCAAUCAGUCAGCACCCACAGUGCAAAAGUAAAAUGCUUACAAUGAUGUAUUAAUCAUUUAAUAAAAAUACUUUCAUUUAUC